ACAGUAUGCGUCGUAUCACACCACCCUCUCUCCAGCAAUUGCCAAUGCUCAUGGCGGUAUGCUGUGGGACUGUCGACUACCGGGAAAGUCCCUAACCUUUGGACCAUUCGACAGCAUCGGUUCUUUCCACCAGUAUCUUCGAGGUGGCAUAAAGUCUCAGUCCAGCGAAUACCCGGUGGCCAUCAACGAACUGGUACAACUUCAUAGUCGAGAAUGGCCCCCUCCCGUGUUCACUCAUGGCGAUUUGAGCAGUCUUAACAUUCUGGCAGAAGGCGAUACAAUCACUGGCAUUGUAGAUUGGGAAACCGCUGGCUGGUAUCCUCAGUACUGGGGAUACACAACAGCAUGCCAAGUGAACUUUCGUAACGCUUUUUGGCGUGCAGAAAUCGAGAAAUUUUUGGAGCCAUGGCCCGAGGAACUGGAAAUGGAGAAGCUAGAAUAAGACAGACCUUUUUCGGAGACGUGUGACGCCUUCGAUUCUAUGUGCGAGAAACAUAACUGGUUCAUGGCCCCUUUCUGUGUCCACAGUAUUACCCAUCAAUCACGGGAUAGUCUCUGUGCCUUUAAGCGGGUCGUAUGUGGAGGGCUUGCUUAUGUCGAAAGAUCUCCUUCCGUCAAAGCGAUGGUCAUGUCUCUUUCUCUCCAUCCCUUCCAUCUUCCUCAAGGCGCUUGAGCGCUUCAAUCACCCAAUAUACACGCAUCGUAUCAAAUACGCCUUUUUAGCCUUAAGUCCAAAUGUUGCCCUUUGGUGUCUCCGGGACACAGAUCGAUACGUGCUCUUUCCAUCGAGGCGUCUCUAUUCUUGCUGUCGGGCUAACCCGAGGUUGAAAUCGAAUGCUCACAGCGGUUUGACUGAGGUGUGCAUUCGCAAGGCGGUUAUUUGUAACGGUAUGAUGUAAGCCUUGCCAAACAAAGCAAGGGGCCAUGGGGAGAUAGCCCCACCAUCAUGGAGGCAUAUCAUAGGCAUCCGCAUUUCUUGAAUUUAUAACGAC